AUGGCGGACAGAGGAAGCCCCGAAUCGGACCCCCCGUCCGACCAGGUCUCGUCUGACCACAAUGUCCUCGAGAAGCAGGAUCAAGAUGUUGAAGAAGGCAACAAGGCGGAUACAGCCCCAGAGCCCUCUCCGCGCAACAUACAUGGUCUCAAGUGGGCCUUCUCGUGCGCCGCCCUCCUCUCGUCCAUCUUCCUCUACGCAUUCGACUGCACCGUCGUGGCCGACAUCCAGUCUAGCAUUAUUGCCGAGUGGGGCGCGAUAGAAAAGCUCUCGUGGCUCAGCAACGGCCUGGUCAUGCCGGCCACCGCCUUCGUGAUGCCAUGGGGCCGGCUAUACGGCCAGUUCAACGCCAAGACCUUCUACCUGACCUGCGUGGUCCUCUUCGAGGUCGGCUCCGCCCUCUGCGGCGGGGCGCCCAACAUCGACGCGCUCAUCGUCGGCCGUGCCAUCGCUGGUGUGGGCGGCGCCGGCAUCUACAUGGGCGUCAUGACGCUCAUUGCGACCACCACGACCAUGAAAGAGCGGCCCUUCUACGUCAGCCUCACCGGGCUCACCUGGGGCCUCGGGAUCGUCCUUGGCCCCGUUAUCGGGGGCGCGUUCAGCAUCUCCUCUGUCGGCUGGCGCUGGGCCUUCUACAUCAACCUCCUCGUCGCCGUCCCUGCUGCUCCUGCGUACAUCUUCCUCCUGCCCAACCACGCCGACCCCCGGCCGGGCGUCUCCCUGCGCAGGCGGUAUGCGGAGAUCGACUACGUCGGAAACAUCCUCCUCAUGGGCGGCCUGGUCUGCCUCAUCCUCGCCGUCAACUGGGGCGGUGUCAUCUACCCCUGGAGGUCCGGCGAGGUGAUUGGGUGUUUCUGCGCCGCGGGGGUCCUGUUCGUCCUCCUCGCCGCGCAGCAGGUCCAGACCGUCCUCACCACCGUGGCCCGCCGCAUCCUGCCGGUGCAGAUCUUCAACAACCCGACCGUGCUCAUCCUCGUGGCCUGCUGCGCGUCGGCCGGCGCCUCGGCCUUCGUGCCCAUCUACUUUGUCCCGACCUUUUUCCAGUUCACGCGGGGCGACUCGGCGCUCGACGCCGGCGUCCGCCUGCUCCCCUUCAUCGUGGUCAUGGUGGUCCUCAUCAUCGCCAACGGCAGCCUCAUGGGCAGGCUGGGCUACUACACGCCGUGGUUCACGGCCGGCGGCCUCCUCGCCCUGGCGGGCGCCGCGCUCAUGUACACGGUGCGGGCCAGCACCUCGGCCAGCCGCAUCUACGGCUACACGGUGGUCCUCGGGGCUGGCGUGGGCAUGUGGCUGCAGGCGUCGCUGUCGGUGGCGCAGGCGGUCGUGGCGCCGCAGGACGUCCCCGCCGCCGUCGGCCUCGUCAUGCUGGGCCAGUUCCUCGGCAUCUGCAUCUCGCUUGCCAUCGCCAACACCCUCUUCCUCAACGAUGCGCGGUCGGCAAUCCAGGCCAUCCUGCCGGAUGUGCCGUCCGAGACCAUCGGUCUCGCCAUCCAGGGCUCGACGAGCGGCUUCCUGGACACCCUGGAGCCGGACGUCAGGUCGCAGGUCCUGGAUGCGAUUAUCUUGGCCAUGAGUAAGGUCUAUAUCUUGGUCAUCGUGGCUGGCGGCCUGACCGCGGUGCUGAGCCUGUUCAUGAAGAGGGUGAAGCUGUUCGGAGGCGGCGCUGCGGCUGCUGCUUAG